GUCGCUUGUUGUAUGGUAGUUGUAAAAUUGAAAAUUCAGUCUAUCGUGAUAGCGUUGAAAAUUAAGGGUAAAUUUUUUUAUAAAGUAAUUUUCAAUUUUCUAGUAUUUUAAAAUGAUCUAUUUAUGGUGUUUACUCAGUUUUACAGUUUUGGUUACCCUUAGAAUAUCAAACGCAGUUGAUAAUAACUGUGAUUUUGUUCAGAUAUUAGAAGCAGGAAGGAUUUAUUACAUUACAAAUCCUAAUUAUCCGCAAAAGUAUUCUGCUUCAAGAUCUUGCAGAUGGCAUGCAAUAAGCGAUACACGCGUUAAGAUUACCUGUAACGAAUUCAACCUACCAGCUAGUCAGAAUUGCGUUUUGGACUCUUUCAACGUAUUCACGAACCCUAGCUCUGGACCUCGAAGAUUUUGCGGUAAUGGUGAUUUUAUCAAAGAAUCGGAUGGUAAAGAGAUGAUUGUAACACUUACUUCUGCUGUUAAUUCUAGUGGUGGAACUGUAAGGUGUUCUUUCGAAGCUAUCGAGGACAUUAAAUGUAGAUGUGGAUGGACAAAACCGACCAAAAUUGUAGGAGGUGGAGAAACUGGUAUCAAUGAAUUCACAAUGAUGGUUGGUAUCAUCCAUGUUCCUAUUUACCAAGUUUACUGUGGUGGUACAAUAAUUUCUAAUGAAUAUGUUCUUACCGCUGCACAUUGUCUGAAUGAUCUAACUGUUGAAGAUAUCGGAAUUCUCGUCGGCGACCAUGAUUUAACAACAGGAGAUGAAACAAAUGCUACUAAGUUGUAUCAAGUGGAAAAUUAUGUUGUUCAUCCAAAUUAUAUUUCAAAUAAAAAAGAUUAUGACAUAGCAGUCAUAAGUAUCCGUGGUACUAUUUCUUUUACUAAUGAGGUCGGUCCAGUUUGCUUACCAUUUCAACAUUACCUUGAUAGCUUUGGCGGUUCACAUGUUGAUAUUUUAGGCUGGGGCACCACCGAAUUUGCAGGUUCACUGUCGAAUACAUUACAGAAAGUUACACUCAGUGUCACCAAUUAUUCGACUUGUAAAAAGUUCUUUCCAGAUAUAGAAUAUAGGCAGAUUUGUACUUUUGCAGAAAGAAAGGACUCUUGUCAGUUUGAUAGUGGUGGACCUGUUUUAUGGCAAAAUCCAACAUCAAGACGUCUAGUCUUAGUUGGCGUUAUCAGUUAUGGUAGUUUUUGUGCUAGUCAAAAACCUUCUGUUAAUACAAGAGUUGGAUAUUUUAUAGAUUGGAUUGUGAAAGUAACUCCAAGUACUCAAUAUUGUCGAGCUGAAUAAAUCUAGUAAUACAUCGUAAAUUAUAUUUGCCUUUGUUCAUCAGGAUACAAGAAAAAAUUUGAAUAAUACACUCAUGACACGCCGUGCUAUAAUCCAUAUUUCUCUAAUUACGUUCGAUUCGUUCGUCUGGAAAUACACUAAUACUUAAUCUUGAUUUAUACACGCUGUACCAUAAAUAUCGAUCUAUACUACAGAUAUAAAGUAAUUUCGUCCAUACUUCGCUUGAACGAAUAUAUCCACGCAACUGUGAAAUUAGUUUAUCGUACAAUCCCAUUUACUA